AUGGGUGGUCAUCUCAGCGCACAAGAGCUCGAUGCACAAGAUGGGCUGAGAAACUUCCGAAACGAAUUCCACCUCCCUGUCGCCAGUGCGACGGGAGCUGACCUUCUAGGGAGCAGUGGUGUGGACGAGCCCAUCACAUACCUUGUUGGGAAUUCUCUCGGUUUGCUUUCGAAGCGCUCACAGCAAUUAAUUAAUGAGGAACUCAGCGUUUGGGCCACUCGAGCUGUCGAGGGCCAUUUUAAUCACCCGAAACACCGAGAAUGGCUCUCCAUUACCGACAAGCUUCGCCCUACCCUUGCGGAACUUGUCGGCGCGUAUGAGAACGAAGUCGCAUGCAUGGGAACUCUCACAGCGAAUCUCCACUUGCUUAUGAACAGCUUUUAUAAGCCUUCAAAGGAACGAUAUAAAAUUAUUUGUGAAGCAAAAGCCUUUCCAUCGGACCAGUACGCAAUCAAAUCCCAGAUAGCGUCGCAUGGAUUUAACCCUGUCGAAGCCCUAAUUGAAAUUUCUCCUCGGCAAAGAGAGCAUAUUCUUCACGAAGCAGAUAUCCUUGCUGGGAUCGAAGAGCACGGUGACACCACAGCUGUUGUUCUCUUCCCGGCUGUCCAAUACUAUACUGGGCAAUGGUUUCCAAUGGAGAAGAUAACCAGAAUUGCGAAAGCAAAAGGAUGUAUAGUAGGGUUCGACCUGGCACAUGGAAUUGGCAAUGUUCCAAUGAAAUUGCAUGAUUGGGGAGUAGAUUUCGCUGUUUGGUGUUCGUAUAAAUACCUCAAUUCCGGGCCAGGCGGAAUAGGAGGACUUUUCGUCCAUUCCAAAUGGGAAACAGAUUAUCCACCCAAAUAUCACGGAUGGUGGGGUCAUGACCCCAAGACACGCUUUAAGAUGCCUCCAGACUUCGUUGGGGUACCCGGGGCCGCGGGCUUUCAGCAAUCAAAUCCCUCUGGCCUUCUUGCUGCCGCUCUCCUCGGAUCUCUACAACUCUUCGCAGAAGCUGGUGGCAUAACUGCUCUGCGCGCCAAGAGCAUCAGGCUGACGGGAUACCUCGAAUCUCUCCUCGUGCAAUCUAAGCAUUUCGUUCCGUCCGAGAGAAUAUCUUUGAACAAUGAGGAAAGGAAGAAGACAGGCUUUACAAUCAUCACACCUCAGAAUUCCGACGAGCGUGGUGCUCAGCUUAGUCUGCUUUGGCCUUCGGGCGAAGGUAUGAUGCAACGUGUGUUCACAGGCAUGAGAAGCAGAGGCGUGUUGGGUGAUGAGAGGAACCCGGAUGUUAUCCGGUUUAGCCCUGUUCCGCUCUAUAAUUCAUUUGCGGAUUGUGAAAGGGCAGCUCGUGUGCUUGAGGAGGUGCUUGAUCUUGCUGAGGCGCCGUUCAAAUGA